CCAUCACUAAUAUGUUACAAUUUUACCCUACCGGAUUAAAUCGCAGGCAUUACAUACUCUCCCUCGGGGUGCCCGCAGGAAUAUUUCCAAAUCGGACAUUUUGUACAAAAACGUGUUCAUCCGGUGCACAUCUUCUGUUACCUGUUACUAUUUUUGCCCGGUCUGUGACAGGCUAAGCUCUGACAGUUGCGCAUGCUCAGAGAGACGCCACCGCAGAGAAUACAAUAUAAGGACAGUUACCGAAAGUAAGCAUCAGUGAUGACAAUGCAUCUGCUCGAAUGAGGGUCUGAUGUGCACUUGUGUGUUCUUUUCGAAGGAAGCAGUGCUGCGACUAGAGAUGGCAGUGCAGAUGAUCUGAAACCUCGAGGGUUCGGAUCUGCUGUUGCGUCUUUGGCAUCGGACUGAGACCCGCCUGUCCUCUCGCCAGCCCACAUUGCAUCGGUGACUCUUGCAAUGUCUUGUGGCAGUCGAGACAGCCGCUUGCAGAGAGAUGAUGACAGCAGGCAACGGAAAUUUCUUUCCUACGUCUUUUACCAAGCCGUCAGGGACCACAAACCGGUAUGGAUGCUGGAGGAUAUGCGCACAAUGGAGACAUUUUAUUGGGAAGAGAACAUUAGUCAGAGAACAUACUCGCCAUCGGAGGCUCUGCUGUACGCCGUGGUCCAUGACCAUCAAGCCUACGCACAGUACUUGCUAAGCCACUAUUCGGAAAAGGCACUCGAGAUGCCAGGCGAGCGCAUCUGCUGCUGCCCUUCGUCUGCCCCACACCUGGCGAUGGCCGUGCGCUACGACCGCCGAGACAUUAUCAGCCUUAUCCUGCAGGUGGCGCAUCGAUUACCCAGCCUUCGCUCCUACAUGAACCGCAGAGGCUGUUUCCAUCUGGAGGACGGCAAGACGCCCCUGCACGUCGCCUGCGAGCUUUUGCGUUCGGAAGCUGUACUACUUCUGCUGGGCAGCGGCGCCUCUCCGCAAGCCGAGGACCACAAGGGCAUGACGCCGCUGGACGUCAUCUUGGAGCAGCUCGGGGAGUCCAAGGUCAACGUGUUGCCCAAAAAGCUCUGCCUGGACCACCUACUUAUGUUUAUGCCCAAAGUGCACUUUAAAAUGAAAUCCACGUUACUGGCGGACUCCAACAGCUGGAAAAAGGUACUCGGGGAGGACACCUUUAACUACCUCGUCGGGAGGAGCCCGGCUCCUUUGUUUCUGAUAGCCAUGCAUACAAUUCUUCAGCAGCUUCCUCCUUCUCAGUUUCCACAAAGUCUACAGGAGCUGCCAAUUCCAACUCAGUUUAAAUCAUUGCUGACACCCUUUAAAAGGUGCACCAAUCUGGACGUGGUCUAGGCUCGCGAUGUCCUUCCGGAUUUCUUUGGAACAGGUGCAGCCGAAUGAAUCGUCAUUGUUUAUUUUUUAAAUAAUGCUAGCUGAAGCAUGGUGUUCGAUUGACCUAUUUAUUCAUUUUUUUGACGCGCACACACACGGUCCCCAGUAAAGCGGGUUAUAAUCCAAUGACUGCCCGCCUGCUUUCAUUAUCGGAUGUGCGAUGCAUUUUGUCUGCGUAUAACGGAACACUCACACGCUAAUGCAUAAUAGAUGAGCAUUGAACUGCUGAAGGCUUUUAACAGGAGAUGUCAUAAAUCAUGCCACGAAUUGUGAGACUCUUGUUAAAGAAAUGUUUUUCUCAUAAACAGAAAAUCAGAUAUGCUCGAUGGUGAUUGUAUACAAUCUGACCUUUGCACGAUCGCCUAAUAUUCUUUGGAGACAGAUAGAUGAAUCUGUAUUAUCUGCUCUAAACAAUAAUUUAGAGCUGCAUGCCAAGUAAAAGAAUUUGAAUUUAGCUGUACGAUGUAUAAAUAAAACAUUGCAAUUCACAUAACAAAUAUCGAAUCAUUAAAUAUGCUCUUAAGCAUAAAUAUGUACAUUCUAAUUUGGUAUUCUGUUAUUUAGAAACCGGAGUUGGAUUAAGGACGACAUAAAUUGUGCAUUUUUUAAAAUAAUUGCCUUUAAACGUAUCAAAUUAGCACUGACCAUUUAAGUAUUUUAUGUUGAUGCUGCAGGCAAGUAAACUGGAUAUUCUAUCUAUUGUUAAAGCUAUGUUCACAAGGCAUACAUGAAACCCUGAAAUGGACAUCUUCUAUUUUUAUGUUAGCUUUAAAUGACCAUAUAAAAAUAUUAGGACAUACACUAUAGAGAACAUGUGUGCUUCACUUUUUAAGGAUAUACUGUGGCAUCAUCUCCAUUGCUACAGGAUACUUAACUCCCAAUGGUCUAAGGUCAAAAUCCUUUUUAUCACCCUACUACAAUCAGCUUACAUUCUGUUUUAAUGACAUUAUACCUUUCAUAGUAGAGGCUCUCUCAUUAUGUCUACAUAUUUCAUUAGAAUUAAUUAUAAAGUUAUCCUGAUUUGUACUGACAUAGCUGAUUAUGCACAAUGUCAAAUGCGGCUAUACAGCCAACACCAUCCUGUGGUGCACUGGCGGAGACUGAGGAUGAAGUCUAUCUGACUUAUGUUAGUGAAAGAUGAAGGGACCCAGCAGAAAAGGAUACAAGUCAACAUUAGAACAGAAGAGAAUUUUACUGUAAGGUUAUACAAGUUUAAGAUCAUUAGGGAUUUUAAUUUCCUUCAUGUGUACAUAAAAUCUGAACUUCAUUUCUUGCCAGACCUCAUGACUGCUGUAAUUAUGUCCCCUGGUUGAAAGUGAGUGGGAAACAACAUUUUGGACUUGGGAAUUCUGUGGGAUGGUUUUCAAAUCUCUGGUGCAAAUUAUACAUCUAGUGACAUUUGAAAGAUAUGCUGCCAUACCAGGACCUAAUAAAGCAUCUUAAUUGUCUUCAACAAA